AUUUACUCCAAGCUAAAUUGUUGUUUUCAAAAGAAAUGAAUUUCUUUCCACUCCUUUCAGAAUUCAAGAAUAAAUAUUGAAGCAAUAUGGCUUCCCUUGUUCAAACCGAUCAAUCAUAUGAAAAAUGAUGUUCAUCACCUGGAAGGCCUGCUAAUCUACAACCAAUUUUCAACUCUCGCUGAUUGAAACGCAAACCUCUUGUUGAACUCAAAAAUCCGUUGAUUGAUGGCCGCAUUGUUCGGUUUUGUCAGUUGCGCCAUGGCCAUGCAAAAGCGUUUGUCUGGGCACCCAGAAUGGAUUCGGAUUACACCUGGACUUGGAACUCUGGACCGAAGACUGCGCAGAGCAAACAGAUUAUUUUCAUAAAUUAGACUUUAUUAAUGAUUAAGAAGACAGCUUUCGAGACGGGAUAGCCAAGAAAAGUUGAAGGACAACGGGUGCGCCUGCCAAACGGGGUUGGGCUGGUAUAUCCUUAAAGGAUGCGGCUGAGGGCCUUCGAAACUGGACAGUGGUCAGCGCAUUGGUCAGUCACGCACGUAAUUUUGGUAUUACCCCUUCGGGACGAUAGCUAGCAACGGGAUAGGCAGAGUUCAGAGGUCACCACCGUACUUUUUCCCGUUUCUUCUCACAGUCCGAGUAGCAGGAAACUUAAGACGUUUUCACGUUGAAUUCUAAUGAUUUUUGUAUUCAAAUGCGGAUUGCUCCAACCAGUUUGGGCAGUUCCAAUACCACCCAAGGGAGUGUCCACUGAAUGGCAAGGCGCGCAUCCUGCUGACGGCAGGAUUGGCCCAUCGUCCAUCGGUCAAGCUGUGUGCGAAUCAUAUCCAAAAUGGCUAGUGUUCCAUGUUCGGAUUUCGCUUUUAUUACUGCCAACUCUUUUUGUUCGGUAGCCUCGACAAAGGGGUCAAUUCGAAAGGGCAACAGUUGAUGUUCAGGGCGCAUGAGUUGCGUCCUGAAAUUGGGUGGCCAUUUUGUAGAGAACAUC